AUGCCAGCUACCGAGAAAAUCAACUUUGAGCCAAAGAAGACCAGUGAGUCGAGAAAGCGGAAAUCAGAUGAUAUUUUCAACUUGCCAGCGAAUAAGAUAAAACCAGCUGAAGAGUCAAGCCCGUUAGGACUGGAUACGCGACUCAAAGAACUCUUGAAAGAAUCAAGCAGCAACUCUCCCCUCGAUGGCCGCCCAAAAACCGCGGAUCCUCCUGCAGCUUCUACUCAAGAACGAAUGAUCUACAAAGCCCUGUUCCAGCUCCACACGAUUAUCGGGCACCACGACGAUGAUGGAAGGCCAAACCCGAUUCUUCGGAACGCAGAGGCGAAAGAUUGGGAAACUGACAAGAAACUCAAGCGCUACAGCCGACAAGUACAGGAAGCAAAGAAACUUCUGCCAUUUAUUCGAGGACAUCUGAAGAAACUCGAACGCAAACAAUCUCCAAAGUAA